GGAUAAGCCAAGCACCCCCACCAUUUUUGCCCUCUCCUCCAACUCUUCAAUUCUCUUUUUCUUUUUCUAUGAAGAAAGGUGAACAAAUGGCCAUUCCCCACUUGUUUAGAUGUCCAAUAAGUCUAGAAUUGUUCACAGAUCCAGUUACUCUUUCCACAGGCCAAACUUAUGACAGAUCCAGCAUUGAAAAAUGGCUGGCUGCAGGUAACCUUACUUGUCCAGUAACAAUGCAAAAGCUCCAUGAUCCUUCCUUUGUUCCCAAUCACACUCUUCGCCAUUUGAUUCAUCAAUGGCUUCAAAUGGGUAGUAGUAGUGGUCACCACAACUUUGAUCUUGAUAAUUACUUGACAAAAAUUGAUUCUUUCUCUGUGCUCAAACUCAAUCUUGAAUCCCCUCAAACUUCCAUGGAAACCAAGCUCCAAACUCUGGAAAACAUUCUUCUUCUUCUUUCCCAGGAACCCUCUAGUAUUUCUUGUUUGCUCCAGCUUGGAUUCUUGCCUCUACUUCUUCAGCAACUUUUCGGGAAAGCUGCAGAAUGUUAUAAAUUCUCCCUGGAAUAUGAUAAGUUUUUCCAGGAUGGACUUUCUUGUAUUUCCAGGAUGGUUCUCCCAGGACAAAUGGAGAGCCUAAAUAUGCUGAUUGAAGAGUCCAAAUUGGAGGCUUUUAUCUCUUUGUUUGAGCAGGGAAAUUACAUAAUCAAGAAGAGUUUGUGUCAUUUAAUAGAUGUAAUAUCAUCAUCUCCAGAAACAAAAGACCUUUGUUCUCACCUUGGAAAAAAUUACAGGAUUUUGAAUGGUAUUGUGAUGAUUAUUCUCCAGGAUUCUGAAGCAUCCGACCCUGGAAUUCGGACGUUAUCAGGAUUAUGCUCCCUGGAAUCGAACCGCGAAAGCGUGGUGCAAUCAGGCGCCAUAAACGGGCUCAUAACAUACAUUCUGAACGCUGAGAGAAGAGAAAAGAGCUUGGCGGCAAUAGCAAUGUCAAGAAUUGAAGAACUUUUGGUGUUGGAGAGUGCGAAAGAGGGAGUUGUAAAGCAUCCGAAUGGUGUUCAGGCUCUGGUGAAGAUGGUUUUCAGAGUGUCGGAUCAUGAAGGAAGUGAAAGUGCUGUGAAUUCGUUAAUGAUUUUAUGUUGUGAUUCGUUAGAGGUUAGAGAAGAAGCGAUUAGUGGUGGGGUUUUGAGUCAACUUUUGCUGCUUUUACAGAGCCAGUGCAGUAAUAGAACUAAAACAAAGGCGAGAAUGUUGCUGAAAAUGCUGAGAUCAAAAUUGGCUGACGAGGAUAGGCAUGUGUAGUGGGGCUAGAAAUUUUAUGUGGGUGGGUUUGUUAAUUCCACAAGUUUGUGUAUAUAAUUGUCAAUUAAUUAUGUACGUGACCAGUCACUGAAUUAUUGCCUAUAGGAACUUGAUAUGUAUGGGGCAGAUUCAAGAAACUAAUCUCCCAAUAGCUCCAUGGAAACUCAAUCUUAAGUUGCCGAGAUAGCAAGAGAAAACAUUAUAGGAUGUGUUAGUUUGUUGGUUGAUAAAGUUGUUGGGUCAGAA